GUACAAGCUGGACAGGUAGUGACGACUUUGGAAAGGAUCGCAAGUGACCACCCCGAGCUGCCGCUGACCCAAAUACUCCGCACAGAACUACCAAAAUGUUCGGAGAUCUCUUAUCACUAUCGGAGUUGCGAGAAAUUCCUGACAGACAUCAAUCUACCCUAGGCGGAGUACAGUUUGUUCUUUACGACUCGUUCAAAGAAGACGAUGGUGACGAAAAUAAUCGAGUGAUUGUCUUCAGCACGAGAAGAAAUAUUAAAAUCCUCUUUAAAUACAUCAUGUGGUUUCUCGAUGGAACAUUCGAAACUGCACCCCAUAUUUUUACCCAAAUUUUCACUAUCUUGGGUUUGGUGGUGCGCUCAGCAGCAUUUACAGGAGAUCCAUACACUGCCGUGGCGCUGUCGCUGGUCUACGCCCUGCUCCCGUCCAAGACCGAGGCCCACUACACCCUGGUCCUGCAUUAAAUAUUUGAAAAAUAAAUGUAUUUUUUUGUUGUUGAUUUUUUAAAACAA